AGCAAAAUUAUGUGGUGCUGCUCCACUUAUCAGCUAUGGAUUUGUCGAGACAAGCACUGGGGUAGACUUUGGAUCCAAGAUAACCUAUGCAUGUUUCAAUGGAUACAAGCUAUCAGGGAAUGGAAGUGUGAGUUGCCUAGCUACUGGAAACUGGAGUACCAUACCUUCAUGUAAUGGUAUGUUUGGUCUUUUAAAAAAUCUUUUCUCACAAAAUUAUGCUCAAAUAUGUACCAUAAAAUAUUGGCAUGGAACUUAGAGAUAAUAAUAUCAGGAAAUCAUGACUGCGUUAACUGUAAUAGUCCCUUCUCAAAAAUUAAUGUGCUUGUGUUGCCUUUUUACAAACAUAACCAUGUAUGCCUUUUUAGGACAAAGUUAUAUAUUUAUUUAAAGAAGAUUUCUUUACAUGGAAUUAUUUUCUGAAAGCAAAAAAUAAUGCUACAUGUUUAAUAUUAACAAAUAAUUUAUACUCAGAGAGAAUUUUUUUUUUUUUUACCAGCACUCUCAAGUUGUCCACAACUUAAUAUCCAGUCAGCUAACGUCACCUGGAGCCUGGUUUUAAAUAAUGGUACAUCCAUAGGAAGCGUCUACAAUUUUACUUGUCAACAAGGCUACAAGUUGAUAGGCUCACCUACUUUGAUUUGCCAGCAGAAUGGCACAUGGAGCGGCCAACUCCCUACCUGCCAAAGUAUGGCCUACAUUGAAUUUUUAAAUAUUGCUAAUGGGUGUCCUUAAAAUUGCCAUAGAGAAUGUUGUUUUAUUUAUCUCUUCUGUCUUUUUAUUGUAUUAUGAUUAAUUUUGAACAUAACACUCAAUGUCAACAUUGCAGUGUUCUUGUACCUGUCAAACAACAUGCUGUCAAAAUACUGGGUUCGGCAGUCCAGACCCCAUCAAGUAUUUCUGACACUGUUGUUUAGGUUUAACUAUAACACAACAGCACUCUGCUCUUAGAGUCUCCACAUCAAAUAUUAGAAGCAGCAAAACUUCAUUACAUAAUGCUGUUCAUCUUUAGACUUGUUAUUGGCAAGACAUCAAAGUAAUUUAGUAUACAUCAACCGUCUUGGAGACUUCCAUCAUCUUAGGAAAUGACUCAACAUGAACUAACUUCCUAACUUCCACUAGCCACACACACCUGGGCUACUGUACAUCAAUCAACUAGAACCAAAUGCGAACUCAUUGUGAACUCCUGAGUACCAAAUCUCAUCUCUAAAUCAACUAACUCUCCUCUUGAUCUCACCCCUUAUAUUCACACACUUGUUUAUUAACCGUUUCCUGUCAUCCAAUCACAAUUAGUCACAACUAUACCCUUAAUGCUCUCAACUAUGGUAACAACAGUUACCUAAACAAUAGUGAUUAUCGUACCGUUGACAACGCUCAUGUGAUAUAAUUAUUAGCAGUGCUCUUAUUCUUUUAGCUACCCACACUAUCACUGUUGAUAAGGGAAGCUACUAUGUUUGCCAUGAACCCAUAAUAUCACUAUUUAUAAGGUAGCUUCUGGGUUUUACAUGAACCCAUAAUAUCACGGUUUAUAAAGGAAGCUACUGUUAUUGCUUGCUUGAAUCUAAAAUAUAAUGGGGUUUUUUUUAUUCUCCAGGGCGAUUAUGUCCUGUGCCAACCAUCAGUCAAGCCACACUGAAAACCAAUGCAACUACUGUGUACCUUGGAG